GUUUCAAUGAAACAUGGCCGAUUACGAUUCACGAGGAGAUGAUGGCUAUAACCAGCGAGGUGGCGGGGGAUAUGACCGAGGCUACGACCGCGGGGACAGGGGACAGGGCAGUUACAAUAGAGGUGGUGGAGGGAGGGGCCAGAAACAAUUGCCAUCUGAGCCACCAUACACGAUAUACAUUGGUAACCUGCCACACGGGGUUGUACAAGGAGAUUUGGAAAUGAUUUUCAAAGAUUUAAAAGUUAGAAGUGUUCGUCUUGUUCGAGAUAAAGAAACAGACCGAUUUAAAGGUUUUGCUUAUGUUGAAUUUGAUGAUCUUGAUUCAUUGAAAGAAGCCCUCACAUAUGAUGGUGCACUGUUUGAAGAUAGAAAUCUCAGAGUAGAUGUUGCAGAAGGAAGACAAAAUAAUAAAGGAGGGCGGGGAGGAAGAGGAGGUCGUGGUGGUGGUGGUGGUGAAUUCAGUAGAGACUUUCAGGCUGGAUCAAGGGGUCGAGGUGGAUUCAGGGGAGGGAGAGGGGGGUUGAACGCGGUGGCUUUGAACCUCGUGGUGGUGGAGGAGGAUUUGAUAGAGGAGGUGGUUUCGCGAGGUCAGGACAGGGGUGGAUAUGGAGGUGGGCGCCGGCCCAGACAGGACAGUGGAGGAGCGCCUGAGUUCAGAGAACCCUCACCAGAGUCUGCAUCUCAACGACCCAGGUUAAAACUCCUGCCCCGAUCAGUUAAGGAGCCUGUGAAUGAUGUCGUGCACACGGAACGCAAUUCAAGUAUUUUUGGACUUGGCAAACCACGGGACAAGGUUGAAGUUAAGGCCGCUGAAGGACAGAGCAGAAGUCGAACAACCAGUGAAAACAGCCAACAUUAGCAUUUAUAUUUGUACAUGAGCAGGAAAAUGUUAUGUGCACUGUUACUUGUCAGAAUGGAAAAGUGGUCUGGGUUACUGAAGGUUGUUUUUGACUUGACGCUACUUUCCCCUCAACUGUUCAUCAUUAUGUAUUUUCAACCCAGCUGCUACCACAGAAUCAGGACUGAACGUUCAUCUUGAUUUAUUUAUUUUGUUACAAUUGUCUCACCGUAUCAUGAAACUCAUUGUCACGUUUUAGCUGUAUAUAUACAUAAAUCUUCCGACCUGCGGUUCUGCAAUUCUUGCACAAUAAAUCAUUUAGUAUACCAUGUACAGGUAACAGGGGUUCUCUGCUGUACACUAGAGGCUCCUAACACGAGUAGUGUACCUUGGCAGUGUUUUUUUUGCAAUUUAGUAGGUAUGCUUUAAGAAGACAUUAUCAGACACUGAGAAAUUAUUUGUGGGUGCUAAAGAGAUGUGGUCUUCUGUAGCUCUUUGACAAAGCCACAACGCUAUUAUUUGUUGAAAUAGAAUUUUUAUUAUUAUUGUGUUUUAUUGUCUUUAUGCGGUACAGUUAUGUUAACGUUAUAACCAUAAUUCAAGUCUUUGAUAAGGGGGUAGGUGUCAGAUUUUUGUGUGUAGAAGAGGAGCACGAGUCGAGCAAGGUUUAGACGGAAUAUUUCUGUUGUAUAUAUAUCAGUGAUGGAAAUGACUUAAUAUUACUGUAAAUGGGUGAUAAACCGUUCUCACGUCUUAGCACGAUUUCCCUUCAAAUUACUAUACAAAUAGUUUUGGUAAUAAAUUUUGCUUGUAAAUAUUUACCUGCUAUCUUCAAAUGCAGUAUAAUAGAAAUUAAGAAUCCUCAUUUAUUUGCUUAACUGAAUAAAAUACAUUGUUGACAUUCACAUGUACUGCACCUGGUGAUUAUAGGUUACAUGUAAUGCCGAAGGAUUACCGAAUGUAUCUGCACUUGAAAAUGGACGCAGUAUGUAGAUCAUGAUUAAAUCAAUUCAAACUGUAUUAUUAACUUGCACAAUUUCCUUUUUAUUUUUAACUUGCAAUGAUAUGUUAAUCAAAGUCAGGGAAACUUUAUUUUGUUUUUCUUAAACAGUUCUGUUAUUGCCAUUAAUUUUUUAUACUCACAUCUAUGUGUGUUCACCUUGCAGAUAAAAAAUAUCUUGAGAAUGGUAAAUGUUGAGGAUAUUUUUUUGUUAGAUGGUCGAGUGUCUUCAAAACACCAUCUACUUGACAGUACAUGUAGGUGCUUAACGAGUUUCUUACUCGUGGUGAAUGUUUUGUGAGGUGUAUGGUACAGUUUGUACACAACAUUUGUAUUGAUGAGGUUGCGGUUUGAAAAUUCUUUAGCAUUUUGUUAGACUGAUGCAGCAGUUAAAAACCUGAUUUUGAUAUUUGCAUUGUAUGUGUUUUUUGUAUAAAACAUUAUAAAUGAUUUCUACAUUGCAUAAGAUGUUCUCUGCAAUUGUGUAUCAAUAUUAUACAUGCUUGUUACGGUUUUUGGUUUUUUGUAUGUGUUAAAGUGAUCCCCUUUGUAAUUGAUAGGAUGUAAUUCACCUAAUAACCGAGGCACUAACAUUCAAUAUAUUUGAAAAGUGCUUUUCCUCUUUUGUAGAGAAAACAAGGAUUUGUUAAGUUAAAGAAUGGGGUUUGUUGAUACGAGUACCGGCAAUCUGUUAGUGCAUGUAUGUUUUAUCUUUUCACUUCUAUGCCUCGUGUGUUACAACCACUCAACCAAAAUAAUGGCGUAUUCUGUUGUCAUACCCACCUGUGCACCAGUAACAACAUCUAAAGUCAAACCAUAGUAGCUCCAAUAUCAAAAUUCAUAUUAUUGUCUUUUCCUGUUGUAUUUUGUGUAGAUAUAUUUGUAACAGUAGUGAUAAAAAAAAAUUGGGGGGGGGGGGGGGGGGGGGGGGUUGGGUAACAGAUAGUCUGCUUACUUUGGUACUUUCUUUCUACCAAAGCUUUCAUAAAAGUACCCUGAACAUUCUGUUAAAGGCCGUUUCAGAAUUAAUUGCAUGGGAGGCAAUUGUUUUUGUACAUCCACCACCCACACGAUAAAAUUGUAUUUAAUCCAAGUAUGCAGAGAGAACAUUUGACUGAGAUGAUGAUUACGGUAUGAUGCUGCCUCCUUCCCCAAGUGAUCAGUUCUGUGACUGCCUUGAUGCUAUUUUAUACAUUCGUUUUUUCACAGCAUUCAUAAAGAUGCAUUUUGCAGGAUGUAUUUCAUUUAACUGUUUAAAGUCGUAAUUGUGUGUAGUUUAUGUCCACGAUUUUGUAAGCUAAUUAAGAUGAAUCUUUUGGGAGGCAUAUGUUCUAGUUUGUACACAGCUUUUAUAUUAAUGAGGGUGCAGUUUGAAAGUCAGUUCAAGUUAAAUUCAGAUAUACUUUUCUAAAUUAUUAGUAUAAAAAUCAAUAUAUUAUGACAGGUUUUUAUAGCUGAGGCAACCACUCAGAGCACCUAACAGUAGAGCUGGCCCAUGUAUGUCCGUUUUAUCAAUGAGUCACUGCCAGGUCUACCAAUGAGUCACUGCCAGGUCUACCAAUGAGUCGCUGUCAGUUCUAUCAUUGAGUCGCUGUCAGUUCUAUCAAUGAGUCGCUGUCAGUUCUAUCAAUGAGUCACUGCCAGGUCUAUCAAUGAGUCACUGCCAGGUCUAUCAACGAGUCGCUGUCAGUUCUGUGAAUGAGUCACUGCCAGGUCUGUGAAUGAGUCACUGGCAGGUCUGUCAGUGAGUCACUGUCAGUUCUAUCAUUGAGUGACCUAACAGAUUCGUCAUUGAGUCACUGUCAGUUUAAUCAUCGUGUCACUGUCGGUUCUAUCAUUGAGUCACUGUCUGGUCUAUCAUUGCAUUUCUAUCUGGUCUAUCAAUGAGUCACUGUCAGUUUCAUCAAUGAGUCACCGUCAGUUUCAUCAGUGAGUAGUCACUGUCAGUUUCAUCAGUGAGGCACUGGCAGGUCUAUCAUUGAGUCAUUGGCAGGCUAUCAUUGAGUCACUCGGUUUCAUCAAUAGUCGCUGCUGGUUUCAAUAUUGAGUCACUGCCAGUUCUAUCAUUGAGUUGCUGUCAUUUCUAGAUAUCAUUGAUACUUUUGUUCAGGGCACUGGUGCUGAAUGUCUUUUACCAUUCUCUCGUAAUAUAGGUCAGAUGGACCGUACUUGUAUACAUUUCACCAUUCAGCGUUGCGAUCAUAAUAAAUUUGUGUUGAUACUCCAAUAAAGAAAUCAAAGUAAAAUGUUUAUUGUCAAAAAGCAAAAUCAUUGUUAGACCAGCUACUGGUUUUCUUGAGAAAACAUCAAGUAUGUACACAAAAUAAACUUGAUUAGAAUAAAUGUGAUUUAAUGGUGAACUAAUAUAUAUAUUAGUGCAUCAUUAAACCAUGAAAAACAUUUUUAAAUUGAAGGCUCUUCCUGGGAGUUUAAUGCAUGUCAUUCACAGAAUAAGGUUAAUUUUAUAAUAAAAUUGUUAUUAUGAG